GUGGCCAGAACACAAAGGUGAACAAGGAUCGGAGGAGCACUGGACUGGCACCAUGAGCCUCUGGCUGCCAUCGCGGGGGCCACGGUCGCUGCUGCUGCUGCUGCUACUCGCCAGAUCAGCACACACUGUGGGAGCUCUGCCCCGAUUGUGUGAUGUGCUGCGUGUGCUGCAGGAGGAACGGGCCCAGUGUCUGCAGGAACUCUCCGAAGACAAGGAAGGAGGUCUGGGCCUGGAGACGGUAGCAGGCUGUGAGGGGCUGUGGGACAACAUGAGCUGCUGGCCCUCCUCGGCACCGGCGCAGACGGUGGAAGUACAAUGUCCGAAGUUUCUCCAGAUGCUCACGGGCAAAAACGGCUCUCUGUUCAGGAACUGCACCCAGGAUGGCUGGUCAGAAACUUUCCCCAGGCCUGACUUGGCCUGUGGGGUCAACAUGAAUGACUCCUCCAACGAGAAACGGCAUGCAUACCUGCUGAAGCUCAAGGUCAUGUACACUGUAGGCUACAGUUCCUCCUUGGCCAUGCUCCUGGUCGCCCUCAGCAUCCUGGGCUCUUUCCGGAGGCUGCACUGCACCCGCAACUACAUCCACAUGCACCUGUUCCUGUCCUUCAUCCUGCGCGCCCUGUCCAACUUCAUCAAGGAUGCUGUACUCUUCCCCUCAGAUGACGCCACCUACUGUGAUGCCCAUAGGGUGGGCUGCAAGCUGGUCAUGAUCUUCUUCCAGUACUGCAUCAUGGCCAACUAUGCGUGGCUGCUGGUAGAGGGCCUCUACCUUCACACACUCCUCGCCGUCUCCUUCUUCUCAGAAAGGAAGUGCCUGCAGGUGUUUGUGCUCCUCGGAUGGGGUUCUCCAGCCAUUUUUGUUGCUUCAUGGGCUGUCACCAGGCACUUUCUGGAAGACAUUGGAUGCUGGGACAUCAACUCCAACACUUCCAUCUGGUGGCUCAUUCGAGGGCCUGUGAUUCUGUCCAUCCUGAUCAAUUUCAUCUUUUUUAUAAACAUUCUAAGAAUCCUGCUGAGAAAACUUAGAACCCAGGAAACAAGAGGAAAUGAAAUGAACCAGUAUAAGCGCCUGGCCAAGUCCACCCUCCUGCUGAUCCCCCUCUUCGGCAUCCAUUACAUCGUCUUCGCCUUCUCCCCGGAAGACGCCAUGGAGGUCCAGCUCUUCUUUGAACUGGCCCUGGGUUCCUUCCAGGGGUUGGUGGUAGCCAUCCUUUACUGCUUCCUCAAUGGUGAGGUGCAGCUGGAAGUUCAGAAAAAAUGGCGCCAGUGGCACCUCCAAGAGUUCCCUCUGCGUCCUGUGGCCCUCAGCAACUCCUUCAGCAAUGCCACCAGUGGUCCCACCCACAGCAGCAAGGCCAGCACCUCGGAGCAGAGCCGGAGCACCCACAGGGCCAGCGUCAUCUGAGGCUGCAGCAUGGCUGGCACAGGACAAAGGUUGGACAUUCAGUAGGACGGUUAUCUGCCUAACAGCCAUUUUGUGUUCGAGUAGCUGACAGAGCCUUCCUCCAGGUCUGAGCUUCCUCAGAAUGAAGCAGGACUGGGUCAACAUGGAGCAGGAAACAGGCCUGUGAUUUGGUCUUUGUUGUUCUGAGUUGAGCAACUCAGGGGCUCCAGAAGGGGCCGGGGAAUAAGUGACAGCUAGAAAACCCUAGUCUCUGUGUGUUGAUCUUUUGUCACCUGGGGAGGUAGUAUGUUCUAGACCACUUCCCAAUUUCUCCCUGCAGGAGGAGGGAGAUCCCCUGCCCCCAAAUCCCAGCUGACUUUUAAGAACAAGCUUAGAAGCUCAUAAAAUAGGAGGAAUCAAGACCCUUGGCCUUAGACAGAUCUUGUCUGUCCCCUACUGCAACUCAUCUGCCCUAGAACUGUCACACAGCAUUCAGGACAGCAGCCAAAUUAAGCUGAUGACAUCACGGGGCAUCUGAAGCCUCCCUUUCAUUGUCCCUGAUAUGGGGUAAGGAGUCCAUGGAAAGCAGCUACAUCAGAAAGAAAGCCAUGCUCUCUGUGGAUGGGAGACAGCUCCUCGAAGGCCCAAGGCUUUCCCAAGCUACUUGGCAAUCGUAUGGAUGUCUUAUUUUGAGACUGUCUCAUGUAACCCAGACUGGUCUGCUAUUCCCUAGGUAGCUGAAGACGGCCUUGAACUUCUGAUCCUUCUGCCUUCGCUUUCCAAGAGCUAGAAUUACAGGUGUGCACCACCAAGCCUGGUUUAUGUGGUCCUGGAAGUCAAACUCAUGGUUUCAUGCAUAAAAGACAAGCACUUUACCAGUUGAGCUACGUCCCAUGGAACCCUAGUGCAUUGUCUUUUAAUCUGAAUGCCUGAGCUUCAAGGCAGGUGGUGAUUUUCUAGCUCUCAAACAGGGAAGGACAAAAGCCCUGUACUUUGAGCCUCUGUAACACUGGCUCUCCACGCCUCAAUAUUUGCGCUCCUUGACUCCAUUGAUGGAUGAAAUGUUUGAACCUUCUUCCAAAACAAAACCCAACAGGGAAACCUAAGCAGAAAUGGAGAUACGGCCUCCCGUUUGCAUCUUGCAGGCUGCUGCAGAACCCCUUUCCAGGCUGAGACCCAGCAUGGGUGGUCAAUGGACUCUGAUUUUGGUAAAAACCAAACAGCCCCCCACAAACGCCUCAGGUAGAGAUGGCAAUAUGAGUCAGUUGGAGAGUACCAGGCCUUGGAUAUGAGUGAUCCCUAGCAUUGCAAAAUAAAUAAACAAGCUAGCAAGCAAACCAACCAACCAAACAUCUGGUUCUGGGGCUCUCCAACGUCUCUGAAGAGUGGUGGUUCAGCUUUAGCAUGUGUAGUCUCGUGACUCUCAACUGGAAUAAAGAUGCCUAAAAAUCGGGGCUAGAGAAGUGGCUCGGGCCAGUGAGAGCAAGCAUGAUGGCUUCAACUGGAUCCUUGGAACCCAUGGAAAGGUGGAAAGAAAACCAAUGCCACAAAGUUGUUCUCCAACCCCCACAUGCGCGCAUGAUGUGUACAUAACCAUAAGUAAAAUAAAGAUAUUUAAAAUCA